UAUGUCUCCUCUUUUUGAUAAGGUCUUUGUAGAUAAGAUCCCCGGGAAUCUCAAAAUGACAGCCAGUUAUUUAUAUCGGUAAUGGAUUCAGAUGAUACGGGCAAUGGCUGCCUCAAAACUCAAGAAAUCAAGUCGAUUGGUGCAAGCUAUUAACGAUGAGCACCUCAGCCGGGCAGCAACGUUGCUAAAAGAAGGAGCAUGUCCAAAUCUGCUUCUUCCAGCCGAGGGUGUGACUCCUUUUCAUCUUGCAGUUGGCUGUGAUUCUCGUCAUGCUCUAGAGCUUACCACUCUCUUCCUCCAACACAAUGCAGACCCUAAUGUCAGAUCGACAGAGGGGCUCACACCUGUCCAUGUAGCUGCUUCAUGGGGAAGGUUUCAAGCCCUGGAACUCCUCCUGUGGAACGGGGGUGACCCAUCAAUAGAAGAUGAGGAGGGUAAUACGGCCAAGAACAUGGCUGAGAGUAGUAACCACUGGGAUUGCAUCAAUCUUCUGGAUAUGUGGAUGGAUGGUCAAUGUAGCGACCCAGAAGAAGACAAUGUGGAUGAUGUCAGGAGUAUUCCACUUGCUUCUCGGGAACAAAGCAAUCAUGAUAUCUGUGGUUCUCCAAGUUAUCUGUCCGAUCAUGAGAUGCUGAGUAACCCAUCACCUGACAAAGAUGGCCACCUUUACAAUUAUAAUGCUGGUUACAGCUGGAGUCCGGGCUCUGCAACCAGCCCAACUUUGAGUUCCACAGAUAAUGAGUCCCUUUCUCAAGGUUUAGAAGAGGAGGAAGAAGAUGACACUGACCAUGAUCUAGAUGACUAUGAGAUAUCAUUCCCAAAGCACCAUCCAACAACUCACACAUCAUGUUACGAUCGUCCAGAGAGCGUGCAGUCAUCAUAUGGAGAUACUUCCUUAAAUCGUGCAUUGCUCUCCAUGAACCUUGACAACUACAGUCUGUCAUCAAGCUCAUCCAACAGGUCUUCAUCAUCGUCUGUAGUAUCUCCAUCUUUGCGUCAGACCAGUCCAAGUCAGAGUGAGGUACAUUCUGAAGGAGAGGGCGCCCUAUCAGCCGAUGAACACACAUUGACUGGCUUUGGAUUAGAUGUGACCUCUCCAGAUCACACUGUUAUUUUCACAAAGGCUACUGAUAAAGACAGGAGGAGGACAGUGUUCUGUCCUCUUAAAUAUCCAAGUAUAGAUUUUGAAGAGCAGGGGGCCUUGUGUUCACCAGAGUCUGCAGUGAUCAGCAGUGUGAGCGAAAAAGGACAAGAAGAUGCAUCUAUUUCUUCAUAUUAUACAGCUGAAAUUGAAGUAAACGAAAGGAAGCAAUCACUUUCUGAGGCUUGUGAGGCAUCUCCAUUAUCUUCUCCAACAUCCAGUAGUGCUCUCUCCUCUCCAAGCUCCAGCGUGUCUUCAAGAUCCGUGUACUAUAACAGAAGAUCAGGCACUUCUCUGAUUGAAGAACACUUCCUUCCUGCCUCUGGAAGCGAGCCAUCUCUGCUCAACUUUAGCUUCGCUCCUGCAGACGACACCAUUAUCUACGAUUGGGCUUCUUUCAAAUCAGACUCUGUUGAGGAUGACGUGCCUCAAAGGUUGGAGAUUCCGCCAGAACUUGCCAAGCUGACAAACACUGAACUGAAGGCUAAACUUCAUGAUCAUGGUGAGGAUGUUGGACCAGUUACUGCGACUACAAGAUCAGUAUACCUCAAUUUCCUUGUAAGGUUAAUGCAGGAUGGUGGUUGCACAACCAAGAGAUUGAAACAGAAGCAAGAUAUGGCCAAUAAUAAUUUUCAGUAUGAACUGGCUGAGGUACUGAGUGAAAGCAAACCCUUACCAGAGAGUCAUGACCUUGAAAAGCAGAUGGUGGAACAGUUUCAAGAACCUGAUCCAAAGAGAAAAUGGAGAGAGGGCAAAUUGAAGUCAUCCUUUAAUUACCUUCUUCUAGACCCACGUGUAACCAGGGACCUUCCUAGUCGGUAUCCCAAACUCACACAGCUGGAGACAUUCAGGACCUUUGUAUCAGCCAUAUUCUAUGUGGGCAAGGGUAAAAGGUCACGACCUUAUGCACACUUUGAAGAAGCUCUUGAUCAUCUCAAGAAGAAAAUGACUAAAAAGCCUGGUUCUAAAGUUCUUCACAUCUUAGAUGUAUGGUCUGGCGGAAUGGGUGUGGUUUCAUUACAUUGUUUCCAGAAUGUUAUACCAGUGGAAGCUUACACCAGAGAAGCUUGUAUGAUUGAUGCACUUGGUCUUUCCCGCCUCACCAACGCCAAGAGAGGAGAUUACUAUGGAGUGGCUCACAGCUGGUCCGGGGCAAAGAAACGAAAGAUUGGAGUACAUCUUCUUCACAAAGCUUGUCAGAUCUUCUUAAUGGAAGGUGAGAGGCAGAUUAGGAGUGGUGAUAUUACCUCUGGCCAGUGACUGAUUAGGUGUAUUUUUGCUUGGUCUACAACCAGUUGGUCUACAACCA